UGAUAAUCUCUCCAUGCUUUGCCUGUAGACAUGGCUGGACUGAAGAGGAAUUUACUGUCUCGUGAGCAUGUGACCGGCUCGGAAAGAAACACUUUCACAAGACAAGAGACAAGAGAGCAAAGGCGAAAAAUGAGAACUGUGUAUGUGAAGGAUGGGUUACAACAGUGCACCGCCUCUUUUUCUCGGUAACAACAGGCCUCCGCUUUGGCAACCUGACCGCUCACCUCCUCAAAUUCAUCAACAGCUCAACGCGAUGCAUCUGCAGCAGCGCUUGCGAUACCUUAAGAAGAGAGAGUUUACUGCCCAAGAAAACAACCGGCUGCUGCUGCAGCAGUUUGAGGAAGCACAGGACACCGUAAAAGAGAUGUUAAUCCAGAAUGCUGCCAUGAAAACUAUUCGGACGGCGUAUGAACGGUACCUGGAGGUGAGCUGCCCCCGCUGGCAGCAGCAACUGAAGGAGAAAACACAGGUUGCUCAGACAAAGCGGACGGAGUAUUUGAGGUCAUGUCUGAAGAACACAGAGGAACGAGGGGCCGCAUCCUCUGCAGAUCCACCUCUAUUGUCACAAGCCUCCACCACAGUGACACAACAUAUUACAGCACCUCCAGAGCACUACAGUCCAAACUGCCACUUGGACUACAACCAAGAUGGCUCCCCUCAUCUCUGCUACGCAAAGCCUUCCUGGCAGAACCGCCUUCAAUCCCAGACGGACAGAUUUCCCAUCAGAGGGCCUCAUCAACCUCAGGGUUCCUCUCAUGUUCCUCCAGCUUUCCUCCCACCACACAUCUUCCCACAUCCUCACCCAUUGCAGCUCCACCUCCCCGGCUCCUCACCCGGUGAUAGACGCCACGGACCCGGGCCAAAUCCACCAGGCUUGGCGGCCCUGCAGACAGAGUACCUCAGAUCCUGGGCCGCUGGUCCACCUGGGACCCCCUCGGUCUUUGACGCUCUGUGGAGUCAGCUCUUCACGGAGGAGAUUCCCCCUGAGAUGGGGAUGGUGCAGGUGGUGGGGGAGGAAAGUGACCCAUGCCGGGCCCCAAGCUCCAAGAGAGAGACAGGUGGUGGAGGAAGUAGCAGUCAUUUAUCCCAGGAGCUGGACAGUAAACCAGGUGGGACAAGAACAUGGCAGAACCUUCAGUGUCUGCUACUUUUUGUCACACUUAUUAUCUUCCUCUGUGAAUCUUUUUCACUAUGUAUGUGCGUGUGUGUAGUUCGCCUGUCUGGUAGCCUCGCAGAAAGCAGCAGCGAGCCGAGCCGGGCGAGCAGCAAGAAGCGAAACAAGAGGGAGGAGAGAAGAUCCCGUUGUUCCAUCUCAGGCAGCAGAAGUUGCAGCUCUCAGGAGUCUUCUAGGGGUUCCAGCGCCGUUGCUGCAGUCAAAGUGUUCCAAAGCUCAGAGAGCGAUGCCUCAUCCGAGAAAAGAAGCAGCACAGGAAAGAGAACGAGGAGAAGUGGGGGGCUUUCUGUUGGAUCACCGAGGGAUGAGAAGGUGGUGAAGGGAAGCGAGGGAUCCGACCCGGGGAGUCACAAAGAGGAGAGCCGGCCUCCCAGCGAGGAGGAAGGGAGUCUAGAAUUCAGAGAGGGAAACACAGAGGAUACGAAUCCCGACGAUAAAGCAGAAAGCUGUGGAGAGGAGUCUGGAUCCCAGGAGGAGGAAUCAGGAAGUGUUUGUAUGAACAUUGAAGACGGACGUGGAGACGAACCAGGAAAUCAGGAGAGUAGCAGCUCGGAAGAAAACACCGCAGAGGAAGAUGAGAAAGACGGAGAAGAAGAUGAUGGUGCUGCUGAAGAAAAAGAGGACCGUCAGACAGAUAAAGAGCAAGAGAAGAGCGAUGUGAAGGAGGAUCACGGGGCUUCUGGGAGAAAGAAUGCAACGCAGGAGGACGAGGAGACCCAGGAGACAGGAGCAGAGGAUGAGGAGCAGGAGUCAGAGGAUGAAGAGGUGGGCGAGGAGGAGGGCGACAGAGAGGAGGAGUCGGACGAGGAGGAACACAGAGACGACGCAGCAGGAGAACCAGAGGAGAAAAGUGACUCAGACGACAGUAUCAUCUCGCCACAGGACAAGUCGAGAAAGAUUCACGUUAUUCAUGAGGAGGGAAGUGAGGAAGACGAGGAGGAGGAAGAGGGGAGUAGAAUGGGAUCCUCUGAAGAUGACGAUGUCGAGAGUCUACUUGCGCCUCAACAACCAUCAGAGAAAAAAAAAGAAAAGGACCCGAGAGCUGACGAGCAACCUAAAGCUAUUUGUGACGUGUCCAUUUUUCAAGCGGAGCCGAACAAAUCAACUAAGUGCGAAAACGACGACCUGAGUGACUCCGACGAGUUUGACCACUUUUUCGAUUAAAUGUCCUCGACAACAAAGGAGAAAUACUUCCGCCAGAGUUUAGUAUUACAUCAGAAACAGUAUGUUAAAAAUGAAUUGUCUGUAGAGGCAAUGUUGAUUUUUGAUGAUUCAUAUCCUAGUCUAUCAUUUUGCAAUCAUUGGAGAUAAAAUGUUGUGACAGAAAACACUUGGGUAGUUGCAAGAAAAUACAAAAAAAAAACAAUAUGAAGAAUAAUUUAUUGAAAAGACAUUGUUAUGGCUGUUUAGCCUGAGAGAUUGAUAUUCAAUGUGAUUGAUGACGCCACCAGACAUGUUUGUAAUGUAAAAAUAAACCACGGUACAGUAAA